AUGGAAGAACAAAGGAAGAGAAUACUCAAAGGCUUCUCCAAGAGCUUUGCGCGGCGCAAUAAGAAUGACGAGAUAGUGCCUAUGGACUUGUGGGAGGCAGACUUUGUUAAAGGAAAGGGAGGCGGCCUGAUCUUCCUCUUACACGGGAAACCUGGCGUAGGCAAGAGUUGCACGGCGGAGUGUGUCGCCGCAUUCACGAGACGGCCCUUGAUGGUCUUGACGCCAGGCGAUAUUGGCACGAAUCCAGAUAAGGUUGAAUUCAUUCUAGCUAAAAAAUUCAAUAUGGCCCAGAGCUGGGGUGCGGUCAUUCCCAUUGACGAAGCUGAUGUGUUUAUGGAGCGUCGGUCAACUACAGACCUGGUCCGCAACAGCUUUGUAGCAAGCUUCCUUCGAGCCCUUGAGUAUUAUAGCGGCAUUCUUUUCCUCACUACUAAUAGGGUUGGGGGCUUUGACGAUGCCUUUGUCUCGCGUGUUCAUGUCCAGCUAUACUACCCAGACUUUACGGAUAACCAGCGACAACAGGUCUGGCAUACAUUUAUCGACAAGCUAGCUCGGGAAAGAAGGAGCUACAUGCGCCUGAAUAUUGACGCCAAGGAGUAUAUUCGCGGUGCAGAGAUGCGAAAUGUCAAGUGGAAUGGCACAGAAAUCAGAAAUGCCUUUCAGACUUCUGUUGCGUUAGCCGAGUAUGACGACGAGAAGGAUGAAGAGGGCAAGAUUAUCUUGUCCGACACGCACUUUAGGGCUGUUUUGGAGCUAUCAAAGGAUUUCAAGGAUUAUUUAAACGAUUUACAUCAAGGCAACGAGGGCAAGAGAGCUCAGCGAAAGUACGAGAGACUGGAUACGUAUAAUACUAAGAGCGAGUAA